GGGCUUAGUUGUUGAAACCCUGAGCCUAAGGAUACAAGCUGAGCCACCCAACUCCCCUGUGCCUGCAGAAGGAGCUCUCUUUACGUCACAGUUCCAGGCUGGAGCCAGAUCUCGUAGGUUUGCCCUCCCCAGACGCUUGUGUGUUUUUGACUGCGCUACCUGCUGGGCUCGUGUGUGUCCCUUCCCGUCUGGCUGUGCUGAGCGAUGAAGAUCUCUCUGUGGUGCCUGGUGGUUCUGAUGGGAUGUCUCUUCACCCCUGCACGCUGUGACUGUCAGGGGGAAUGUGUGACCUGCGGUCUGCUCCUACAACAGCAGCAGCUGCAAGAAGCCUUCAAUACCAUAGUGUGUCUGUUGGAAUGUGAGGGUCAUGUCUCCUCCUCACUCACAUGGGAAGUGUGCAAACGUGCUGCGAAGCUCUCCCAACAUCCUUUAUUUUCUGAGGAGGGCUCGUUGCUGAAGAGAGCUGGAGAGGAGCUGACCCCUCUUGACCUUAACGCUGACAGCGAGGUGCUGCGGUCCGCAAAGCGUUUCCAAGUGGAGGAUGUGGGUGAGAUCCCCUUGGAGCAGCGCAGUGUCCAGUAUGACUCGUCAGUGCUGGAGUCCUCGGAGGAGGGAGACAGCCUGCAGGGUCUCAGUGUGGCAGAUGAAGACAGGGAGCAGAGGGAGGAGAGGAACUCGGAGAGUCGUGCCCAGCUCGACGGCGAGCGCCAUGACAGCUCAGAGGGCGUCAGCUUGUCCAAGCGCUUCGGUGGCUUUCAGAGGGGGCGUCACGGCUACAGGAAGCUGAUCGGCUCGCCCGUGAGGCCUCUACAGAAGCGCUACGGCGGCUUCAUAGGCGUCAGGAAAUCCGCCCGCAAGUGGAACAGUCAGAAACGAGUGAACCAGCUGCUGAGGCAGUACCUGGGCAUGAGGAGCAACCGCAGUGGCAGGUUCAACAACAACAACAACAACAACCUGCCCGUCAAUCGGGUGUGGAGGCAAAACAAACUGUAAAAUAUUUCUGUGCAUGUCACAGAGUCAUGCCCCCACUUACCUCGCCUCGACUGGUCCAUCUCCUUUUUUUUCUCCCACAACUAAUCCCUGAAGUUCAAACUGUGACGUCAGCAUCGUGAUCAGAACAGACUCCGUCUUUCUGCACCUGUGUCUCUAAAUAACAAAUAAUGUUUUGAUCGUGAGUUCCCUCUUCUUGCGCAUAUUUUUAUGGCAUUCUGUGAAUAAAGGGUUUAGAGAAGUGCAA